GCCCCCGUGGCUGAGUAGUUUCUGUGAAUGCGGCGAGCUCCUAGAUUUCGCCACUUGCUUCACUCGUUGUAGGUGGAUGGCAGCAGUCUGGAUCGAAACCUCAGCCCCCUUUGACCUCUCACAGGAAUCACAUUCAUACCACCGCUCUUCUCCGUUUGAAAUGGAACGUGCACCCUUUAUCGCCACUACUCAGACUACUCCAACGCCCACUAUAUCGUCUGACCCUAGUGGAUCCAAAGCUGAUAUCCCAGAGGAGAUCAGCCCCGUCUUCCCUCCCAAUCCUUUCACAAUCGCUCUUCCACUCUAUUGUCUCUUCAAACAGGAGAAACCUACACCCGUCAUUGCUCGGCUCUCGUUGGCACUUGGUACACCCCACAUAGGCGUCGUCUCCUUCCAUCCUCAGAUUAGGAAAGGUGCCAGAAUCGAAGACAUCAAUUUGGACGUGUGGUUACCUGUACCCCCAGAGAACGUCUUCAUGAUACAACAGAUCAAUGGCAGAUGGCGGAGGAUAGGUGUGAACAUUCCCUUGGCGCCGUUUCAGGGUCGGACAUAUGAGUUCUCAAUGAGGUACGAGUGGCGGAUCCUCGUUGGUGGGACUGAGGCUUUCAGUUUGACGAGGGACUAGGUCAACGACGCUUGUGAAUUGUUUCUCGUGCUUCCUUUCGGAACCCUAGCGGUAAUAUCAUGUUGUUAACUAGCUCAGUCUUGGCAUUAACUCGCUCAAUACAUGCUCCUUCAUUGUUGGACUUGGCAUGAAAGUCCAGCAAAAGAUAGCGACUCGAUUAGAUUGUAAGAAUAUAAGAUGUACAAUCCC